AGAAGGUUAGCCAGCAGCGAGUUAAGAAAAUGGCGAUCAUGCAGGACGGAUGCCUCCCCCCGCAGAUGCUGCAAACGCGUUGAAAUUCUUUUUAGCCUUACAGCCGGCUUUUCCUUUCCACUCUGUUGCACUUUAUACUUCAAUGAGAGAUUCGGAAUUGGAAGCUGUUGCCACCAAAGAAGCAGAAGCAUCUAAACAGGGUACAUACCCAUAGAGGGAAGAACAGUGGAUGGAAGAGAGAGAGAGACGGAGAGUGUGAAGAGGAAGAAGGAUAAGACGAUACAGGUCUGGUCAAAAGUGCCAGAGCAUACCAAGUGAAGGCAGAGUCCGAAAUCUACAACGCACCCCCCCUUCCCCCUCCCCAAACACACACAUACACACCAAAACGCACACACUUACAGUCCUCAGCAAUGCCAAGGAGGCCUGAUCAGCCUGCUGCCCGCUCUGACAAGCCCUGCCUCUUCACCUCAGACCCUUGAGGCUACGCCCUCUGAACUUCAAACUUUGGCCUCCCCUUCGUCGACCUGGGAACCAAAGGUCACCUGUUCGCCACUGAACGCGGGGACACCCUCCUGCCCAGCCGGGAGCUGCUGCCAGGAGCCGCACUCACAGACAUGGCUCCCAUUCGGGAUUCCGUCAGCCACUCCCCUAAUCAAACAGGUCUGGAGCACCCUGGCUUGGACUCCCAGUAUGAGCCUUCCCCCUGGUCCUCUGGCUCUCCCUGCAGCAGUGACAGCAACAGCAACUGGGGCAAAGUCCUAGUGGAUGGAAGCACUGACAAACCCAACAACCCGUCUUCAACUAACUCCUCUGUUUGGCCUCCCCCCUCCUCUUCCUUCUCCUGCUCCUCGUCUUCUUCCUCCUCUGGCUGCGGGUCGGGAUCAGACCCUGAGCUGGCAUCAGAAUGUAUGGACGCAGACUCUAGCUCCUCGAUUGGCUCAGAGAAAAACCUUGCCGCUGUGACGACAGUGAUGAUGAUGUCGGGAAAUGCUUCUCCUUCUGUGUCAUCAGCGGCUUCUCCGCCAAUCUCCCCUUUGGUGACUUCCGCGAUGAUGGUCGGCGUUUCAGUGAACGGAGACAGCAACGGAAACAGUCGUCAAGUAAUUGGUGGAGGUAUGGGAACCAUCAGCGGUGCAAAUAAUGGAAAUAAUCACAUUUCUGGGCCCUCCCACUACUCCAUGGCAGGGUCCAGUAGUAUUGGCAGCAAUAACAUGGGUACCCACAACAACAAGCCCGUCAAUAACAGUGGUGUGUGGGGCACCCAAUCAGGCAGCAACAUGAUCCCCACUGGCGGAAACAACCCCUGCAUCAAUGGAGGGGUGAACCCAAACACUUUAAAUCCAAAUGCCAACCACGGUGCCUGGCCGCAGAAUCCAAGCCCAGCGUCCCAGGGCCAACGGCCUUCACAGGCUCAGGGGAUGAGUUCUAAACUGGGUAUGACUCCCCAACAGGGCCCCAUCCUGGGCUGGGGUGGCAUGGCAGCUCCAAACAACAGCAGUAUGAUGGACGACACUGAGGUGAAUAAUGGUACAGCAAGCAGCAAGGUGUUAGGAAGCAGCAACAGUGGAAAUGGUGGUUUGCAGCCUACCAACCUGAACACUGAAUCCAAUGGACCAAAUAACACUAUAAUGAUGAAUACUACUACUACUACUACUAACGCCACAAUGACCUCUAGUCCACCAAACUCUACCGCCUCACCCCAGCUCAGCGGGGAUUGUUCCUGGGGAUCUAUAGGAGGAGGUAAUGGGGGUCCACUGGCUAAUGGAAUCUCCUCAUCAGCCCCCCAGCAACCCAAAGGUGAGCUUGGGGGUCCUGGGGCCUUCGGUACGCCAUGGGGCACCACUUCCUACCCUGGAGACAAGGGCCACCAAAAUGCAGACACUGUGAACCCCCAAAACCCUGCCUUAAUGCAGGCUGGGAAUCCCCCAAUCUCCUCUUCUGCUGCUAACAAGAGUAAUAAUAACCACAAUAACACUGGGGCCCCACGCUGGGACCAGGGGCCUGCAACUAACCCAAACCAGCCUCAGAACAACAUGUCCUGGGGGGUUGGUCUAUAUCAAGCCACUGGCUCUGCCGGCCAAACACCAGGAAAUGGCAACCAAACCACGAUGGGCCCUCCAGCAGGGAUACCUCGCCCCUGGGGGAGCAGCACAUCGUCUUCUUCCUCGUCCUCAUCAUCCUCUUCCACAUCUAACAACAAGAUGUCAAAUGGAGACUGGGGAUCAGCAGCUCCUGGUAACAACCAUGCAGAUGCUGGAAGUCAUAAAGGAAACUCUGCCAACAAUGGCUGGAAGAGCCUGGAGGAUGACGCCAUGGGCAUGGGAGGUGGAGGUGGAAGUGGAGUGGGUGGAGGUGGAGUGGGUGGAGGUGGAGCCCAAGCAUUGGGAAGUGUCACAGGAGUUUGGGGUCGCUCGGGAGGAAGUGAGGGAAGCGGAGAGAGCUCUGGAGGCCGAUCAGGCUCAGACAGAGACCAGACAAAAGUGGGAAACCGUAGAAAAGGCCCCGUUGCUGCACCAGUAGUGGCAGCCGUGCCCCAGGGCGAUGUGGAUCCGAGGGUUCUGUCCAACACUGGAUGGGGUCAGACACCCAUACGGCAGAACACCGCCUGGGAUGUCAAUUCUCCUCACAAUCAGCACCAAGGUCUAAGAGGUGACGUACGAAAGCCAAACAGCGGAGGCUCAGGCUGGAGCACAGCAACACCAGCAGCUCCAUCCCAGACCUCUGGAGGUUGGGGAAACGGUUCAGGCAGCUCAGGUCCAGGUACAGGUGGGUCUGGCUGGGGAGAGCGGCCUACUUCUGGAUGGGACAGCAAACCCUCAGCAGGUGGAGGAUCUGGUCAGAGUGGCUGGGAUGAUGGAUCCAGCUACAAAGGGAACAACAACAGCAGUAACACCUGGAGCAAUAACAUCAACAAAGAUGACAGGUCCAACACAUGGACUAAUGCCCCCAAAUCGCAGCAGGGCUGGAGUUCCAACACUGGAAAUGGAAGUGAAGGUUGGGGGAAAGGUGGCGAUGGUGCCAGACCAGGGGCCAGCAGUCACUGGGGGGAGCCCCAGAAAGGUGCCGGCUCAGCGAGCUGGGACAGCGACAGUGACCGCUCCGGCUCUGGAUGCUGGAGCGAGCCUAGCCGAACCAACACCAGCAGCAGCAACACCUGGGUUGGGAGCGGAGGAUCAAAUACACCUGACCAGAGCACUCCAAACCCAGGUUCCAACUGGCGUGACUCAGUCCACAAACACAAUCCUCAGAGUAACAGCCAGGGCUGGGGUGAGCAGAAUCCCAAGCCCUCCAAUGAGUGGGGAAAAGGUCCUGAAUCCAACAUGUCCAGAGGCAAUCAAGGCUCCAGCAAGCCCACAGGCUGGCUGGGAGGUCCCAUACCUACAGUAGGUCAGAAGGAGGAGAUGUCAUCCGGGUGGGAAGAGCCUUCUCCAGAGUCGAUUCGUCGGAGGAUGGAGAUCGAUGAUGGGACGGCAGCUUGGGGAGAACCUGGUAAAUACAGUGGUGGACCUGCCACCAAGUGGAACAGGACUGGCCAAUCAGCUCAGGAGGCUGUGGGCCCAUCCUCUCAGCACCAAUCCCACCCAGCACACAUUGUCAAGCAUCCCCCUCAGCAGCCCCCGAACCCUAUGGCACAGGACAAAAGCUGCACUUCUAGCUGGGGCGAGCCUUACCAGAAACCCAAAGAGUCUUCAACAUGGGGCGAGCAGACCAAUGCUCCACCUGUGUCAGUGGACAACGGGACGUCUGCCUGGGGUAAGCCCAUGGACACCAGCUCCACCUGGGAGGAACCCAGCAGAGGCAACAGAGACUCUGGACCUGGAUGGGGCAACCAGCAUAAGUCUGCUCCAGGUCCUAAGCCAAUGGAGACAUGGUGUGGUGAAGAGGGGUCCAUGAACAGCUGGGACCAGGAAGAGGAGGUGGAGAUCGGCAUGUGGAACAACAGUCAACAGGACAACCGGUCCCAUGACCAAAACACCUGGAACUACAAGAAUAAAACCUCCAACAAGAUGAACAAACCAGUCAACAAACAGGAUGAACCCUGGAUGAAACCCUUCGUCAACCAGUUCAACAACAUGAACUUCUCUAGAGACUCUCCCGACGACUCCAUGAAGACUGGAGCUGGGAUGAUGCAGGACAAGCGUAUGGACAUGGGCAGCAUUGGAGACUACAACGGAGUGAUGGGGAAGAACCCCGGGUCCCGACACCAGCUCCACAAGGACUCAGCCAUGGAUCGCAGCCCUUACUAUGACAAGCUGUCUAUGUCCUCCUCUGCUUACGAUAGCCAAGCCUCUGAUGAGCUUUCCUCCAAUCAAAGCAUGAGCUUUUCCCCUUCCAAUUCUGCUCCGCCUGUCCCGGGUCUCGACUCGGGGCCGUCCCCUUCCCACUCUGGUCCUGGGGUCACUCGGCAGAAUGUAAACCCCAUGAUGGGUGGCAGCAGCGUAGCACAGGGCCGAGGUGGCCCCCAGUCCCAGGUCCCUCCCCAACCCAACCUUCGUAAUCAAGUGCCUCCCCCCAUCCUCCCCUCUCAGAAAGACUAUGUGAACUUCAACCAGAACUGUGUUUUUGGUCAGGUCCCUCCUUCCCUGCUAAAGUACCCAGGAGGUAACGGAGGCCUGAACCCUCUGUUCGGCCCUCAGCAGGUGGCUGUGCUCAAUCAACUCUCCCAGCUCAACCAGCUGUCUCAGCUCAACCACAUCAACCAGUUACAGCGUCUUCUCCUCCAGCAGCAGCAGCAGCAGCAGCAGCAACAGCAGCAGCAGCAGAAAGCCGGUGAGCAGCAGCUCAGUGAACCAGAGGACAUGGAGAUGGAAGCUGGGGACACAGACGACCCUCCAAGAAUCCCAGCCAACCCAGUGAUCAAUGGUAACGUGGCUAUGGCAGACGGACACAACAACACAGAAGAGGACAUGGAGGAUGACACCAGUUGGCGUUCAGAGGCCACAUUCCGUUUUGUGGUGGAGCGCUUCAGCCGCCUGAGUGAGUCGGUGCUCAGCCCGUCCUGCUUUGUCCGAAACCUCCCAUGGAAGAUCAUGGUGAUGCCGCGCUUCUAUCCGGACCGGCCACACCAGAAGAGCGUGGGCUUCUUCCUGCAGUGUAACGCAGAGUCCGAUUCAACGUCAUGGUCAUGCCACGCACAGGCCAUGCUCAAGAUCAUCAACUACAAAGAUGACGAGAAGUCCUUCAGCCGCAGGAUCAGUCACCUGUUCUUCCACAAAGAGAACGACUGGGGCUUCUCAAACUUCAUGUCCUGGAGUGAUGUGACUGAUCCAGAGAGAGGCUUCGUUGACGAUGACAAAGUCACCUUUGAAGUCUACGUUCAGGCAGAUGCUCCACACGGAGUGGCCUGGGACUCUAAGAAACACACCGGCUACGUUGGUCUCAAGAACCAGGGAGCUACGUGCUACAUGAACAGUCUGCUACAGACGCUCUUCUUCACCAACCAGCUGCGGCGGGCGGUGUACAUGAUGCCCACAGAGGGAGACGACUCGUCCAAGAGCGUUCCUCUUGCACUGCAGAGGGUUUUCUACGAGCUGCAACACAGCGACAAACCCGUCGGCACAAAGAAACUCACCAAGUCCUUUGGGUGGGAAACACUUGAUAGCUUCAUGCAACAUGAUGUACAGGAGCUGUGCAGAGUGCUCCUGGACAAUGUGGAGAACAAAAUGAAAGGCACUUGUGUUGAGGGAACAAUCCCCAAGCUCUUCAGAGGAAAGAUGGUGUCAUACAUUCAGUGUAAGCAUGUGGACUACCGGUCAGAGCGGAUAGAGGACUACUAUGACAUCCAGCUCAGCAUAAAAGGAAAGAAGAACAUCUUCGAGUCAUUCAAAGACUAUGUUGCAACUGAGCAGUUAGAUGGAGACAACAAAUACGACGCAGGAGAGCAUGGCCUGCAGGAGGCAGAAAAGGGAGUGAAGUUCCUCACCUUCCCUCCAAUCCUUCACCUGCAGCUGAUGAGGUUCAUGUAUGACCCACAGACUGACCAAAACAUCAAGAUCAACGACAGAUUUGAGUUUCCAGAUCAGUUACCCCUGGAUGAGUUCCUCCAGAAGCCGGACUCCAAGGAUCCAGCCAACUACAUCCUGCAUGCAGUUCUAGUGCACAGCGGGGACAACCAUGGCGGUCACUACGUCGUCUAUCUUAACCCAAAAGGAGACGGCAAAGUGAGUGUCAAGGAACCAAUAUGGUGCAAGUUUGAUGAUGAUGUGGUCUCACGGUGCACCAAGGAGGAAGCCAUAGAGCACAACUAUGGUGGACAUGAUGAUGACCUGUCAGUGCGCCACUGCACCAACGCAUACAUGUUGGUCUACAUCAGAGAGUCCAAGCUCAGUGAAGUUCUCCAGCCAAUGACUGAUGUAGACAUUCCGCAGCAGCUGGUGGAGCGUCUGCAGGAGGAGAAAAGGGUGGAGGCACAGAAGAGGAAGGAGCGCCAAGAGGCUCACCUCUACAUGCAGGUCCAGAUGGUGACAGAGGACCAGUUCUGUGGUCAUCAGGGCAACGACAUGUAUGACGAGGAGAAGGUGAAGUACACGGUGUUCAAGGUCUUGAAGAGCUCGACGCUGCAGGAGUUCGUCCAGAACCUCUCUCAGACCAUGGGUUUCCCACAGGACCAGAUGAGGCUGUGGCCCAUGCAGGCCCGGAGCAAUGGGACCAAGCGACCCGCCAUGCUCGACUACGAGGCCGACUGCAACAAGUCGAUGAUUGACUUGAGUGACAGCGAGAACCCCUGGACAAUAUUUCUGGAGACUGUCGAUCCAGAGAUGGCAGCCAGCGGGGCCACGUUACCCAAGUUUGACAAAGACCAUGAUGUCAUGUUGUUCUUGAAGAUGUAUGACCCCAAAACCAGAAGCUUAAAUUAUUGUGGACAUAUCUACACACCUAUAUCCUGCAAAAUAAGAGACCUGCUGCCAGUCAUGUGUGAGCGAGCAGGGUUUCAGCAGGAAACUAGCCUUAUCCUCUAUGAGGAAGUAAAGCCCAACUUAACAGAGCGGAUACAGGACUAUGAUGUCUCUCUGGACAAGGCCCUGGAUGAGCUCAUGGACGGGGACAUCAUUGUCUUCCAGAAGGACGACCCAGAGAACGACAGCAGUGAGCUGCCGACGGCCAAGGACUACUUCCGGGACCUCUACCACCGCGUGGACGUCAUUUUCUGUGACAAGACCAUCCACAAUGACCCCGGUUUCGUGGUCACGCUCUCUAACCGCAUGAACUAUUUUCAGGUGGCAAAGACAGUAGCGCAGAGGUUGAACACAGACCCCAUGCUGCUGCAGUUCUUCAAGUCACAGGGGUACAGGGACGGUCCAGGGAAUCCUCUCAGACACAACUAUGAGGGAACGCUGCGGGACCUGCUGCAAUUCUUCAAACCUCGGCAGCCCAAGAAACUGUACUACCAGCAGUUAAAGAUGAAAAUUACAGACUUUGAAAACAGGAGGAGUUUUAAAUCCAUUUGGCUCAACAGCCAGUUCAGAGAGGAGGAGAUCACCCUCUACCCUGACAAGCACGGCUGUGUUCGCGACCUUUUGGAAGAAUGUAAAAAGGCAGUGGAGCUCUCUGAAAAAGGCUCGGAGAAGCUCAGGCUGUUAGAGAUAGUAAGCUAUAAAAUCAUCGGAGUUCACCAGGAGGACGAGCUGCUAGAAUGUUUAUCUCCGGCUGCCAGCCGCACCUUCAGAAUAGAGGAGAUUCCUCUGGACCAGGUGGACUUGGAUAAAGACAGUGAAAUGCUAAUUCCUGUCGCCCACUUCCACAAGGAAGUCUUCGGCACCUUCGGGAUCCCCUUCCUGCUCAAGAUCAGACAGGGCGAGUCAUUUCGGGAGGUGAUGAGGAGGAUCCAGACCAUGUUGGAGAUUCAGGAGAAAGAAUUUGAGAAGUUCAAGUUUGCGAUUGUGAUGAUGGGACGGCAUCAGUACAUAACUGAAGACGAGUACGAGGUCAACCUGAAGGACUUUGAACCACAGCCAGGUAACAUGUCCCACCCGCGCCCCUGGCUGGGCUUGGAUCAUUUCAACAAAGCUCCAAAGAGAGGACGCUACACCUACCUGGAGAAAGCAAUCAAGAUCCACAACUAAAAAAAAGCUGCCCGCCCUUCCUCUUUGUCCUCCUCAUCCUCCUCCUGCCUCCUGCUCCAGCUCCGCCUUCCUCCCUUCCUACUUUAACACCAUAACCACAGACUGUAACCAACCGUGUGAGUUUGUGUGUGAGAGACUGCGUGUGUGCGUGCUUGUGUGUGUGUGUUCAUCACUUUUAACACCCGCCUGGACACCUCUACAGCUCUACACCGGCACUAUGUCUUCGGAAAAAUAGAUUUUGCUGCAGCUGAUGGAUUUCCCCUCAACCACAAAAUAAACUGCACCAACCACCUCCUGACUGUUGAUUUUUUUUUUUUUUUAUCGUCUCCCUCUUAGUUUGAGGCUUCUUUUCCUUUUCUUUUUUUGUUGCCGAUCUGGAAGUGGGAGACAAGAAAUUGGAUUUUAACACAAAAAUAAGCAUAGGGGGAAGAUGAAGCGGGACACCGUAUAAAUAUAAGUGUAUAUAUAUAUAUACAUAAAUAUAUAUAUAUAUGAACUUCUAGACUUAGUUUUUUUCCUUCUCCCCUACCCACUCACUAGCUUUUUCCCUUCAGGUUUUUUGGGGGAAUGUUUUUAAUUAAUGAUUUUUUGCAGAGGCACCAUGCUGCUGAGUGGAGAAUGAGAAGGAAGGAUGUUUGUGAGGACUGACAGAAAAGAGAGGGAGGGCUGAUGGUCAUUCAUUUUUUUGCAAAAAGACGGCUGCAAACUGGGUGACCAUCUUUGAGUUGGCCUGAUGUGGUUCUUAAAAAUAUUUUCUGCCAUCCUUUUUAGUGCAACAAGAAAAAGUUUUUCCAAGUUUACACACAAUUCUUUCUUAGUUUGGUUGGAGGAAUAUGUUUGUUUUUUUUUCUCUUUCUGCAGAUCUUGUAUAAUAAAAUAAAAUCCACUGCAUCUGUUUAAAAAUAAAUGGGGGGGAAAAAAAGGAGGAAAUUUGUCUGUAUUUCAUCUUGCACGUAGGCACUUAAUGUCAGAGGUUUCUCAGGACUGGCAAAUGUACAGUUUGGUUGUGUUUUUGAGUUGCUCUGUAACUUCGAAGGAACACACACAUGCAUGGACAUGACCCCCCCUUGACUUACGCUUCCAUCUUUCUUUAUUUGCUUCUCUUUUUUUUCAGGGGGUUUAAUGUCUUUCUCAGUCAUUCCUCCUCUGACCACAAUCAUUAAUGAGCUUUGACAUCUCCUCUCUUGAUUGAAACUGUCGCCUCCGGGUGGUUUUGGGGCAGUAACUGUGCUGUGCUUGGUAGGGAGCUGCUGACACUUCGAGCCUGCAGGUUUGAGGAUCGUUUAGAGACAAAAACCAGCAUUGUAAUGAAACACUUAAAGCCCUAUGAAUUUAUUAUUUUUUGUUUAUUUUUUUAAAAGCACAGAUGGAAUGCUCCCCCCAAUAGCGCAUAGCUGGCUCUGUAAAAACAACAUUUAAGAAUUGUAUAUUUAAAAAUAUGAACGUGUAAAAUUUAAGAGAAACACACGCCUUUGUUGUUGGGUACAGAAGGAGCCAGGUGUUCAUAUUUCUUGUGUGUAGGGUUUUCUCUUUUUCUUUGCGUUCCUGAUGUACCAUUGACGAUUUUUUUCUGUUACAUUUGGAAUUUCUUCUUUUUUUUUUUUU